CAACGUCAUACAUGAACGUUCUGUGAAAAACCUUGUCUUUUCUUUGCUCACAUUAAAAUUCUUUACUGAUCUGUCUGUCGGCGACUUUUGUAAUUAGUUGGUUCGCGAAGUGCAAAAGUGGUUAGUGUUUCUGCGGUGCGCUUAAAUUCAUGAAUAUUAAAAUAAUUUUGCUUUUUCGCUUUUCAAUGAAUUUCUCACAUUGUGAUUUUGUGAUUAAAUAGUGUUAGAUAUUACUUUAUCUUACGAGGAAUUAACAUAAUUUCACUAUAAAGAACAACUUGAAGAUGGAGGGUGCAUAUGAUGAAAUAAUAUCAGAUAAUCCUUUUUUUAUGGAACUGAGAAAUGAAUAUACAAAUUUAUUUCAACAUUGUAUUACGCACUCUUGGAUAAUUUGCGUUCCUCGUAUCGGGAGUCUAAAUACUCGUGUAUUCACAAUAGAGGACUUUGGGGCGCACAUUUUAGUACCUAGCGAAGAACUUCCAGAAACUCAUUAUAGUACAUUAACAGAGAAACAAGUUACAGUCAAUAAUAAAGUAAUUACUUUAGAACUAACUAAAGGUUUGCCUCUUCAAAGUCAUAUACUUUUUGAAGAAACAUUUUAUACUGAAGACUUCAUUAAAUAUAAAGUGUGGUGUAUAGAAAGUUCUCUAGAACCCACUACAACCACAGGUGACAAUGUUGUUACUAAAGAUUGUCUUGUCUCUAUAAAUGAUUGCAUUGACCUGCUAUGGACACAAGCAGCUGGUCGCCAAGUUCUUGAUCAAAUAGAACUAAAUGUGCAAAUAUUUCUAAAGAAAAAUCCCACUUUACCUAUAGCUAUUGGAACACUCAAAGAAGCAAUCAGUGAACUUUACACACAGUGCCUGCAAACAACAUUGCAGAAUCGAAGACUUCGUGAGAAAUCAAAAGCAUCUAAACAUAUAUUAGAUAAUAUAAAGUUAGCUGUAGAAAGCUACAUGCAACAUCUUUUGUUUGACACAUUAUUCAAAUCAAUAUGUACCAGUUGUGCCUAUGAAGAUUCUCACUUGAAUAAAAAAAUAAGAAACAUGUCAGAUAUCCAGCUUAGAGAUUUGGAAAUUAAGAAAGAACUAUACCAUGCUGUACCAAAGGCAAAGCAGAUACUAUCCAAGAUUGAUUCAUAUAAUACUUCUUUGGAAAAAAUACUUUGUCUGAAACAAGCUUUAAAUGCUGUCAAUAAAAUUGAUAAUACCAAUAAUGUUAUACUUUUGACUGCAGAUGAUCUUUUACCUGUUUUUGUAUUUCUUCUUAUCAAAUCUGGUUUACCUACAUGGUACAGUCAACUUACUUAUAUGAAGGAAUUUCGCUUUAGCUGUGUUGGUAAAGGUGAUGGUGAUGAAAGUUCUUUUUUAAUCACCACACUUGAAGCUGUUAUAGAGCACAUACAAUCUGGUGCCUUAGCUGGUCCUCCUGACCCUGAAUCUUAUUACUACGAAAGUAACCUUACUGAAGAAAAUUUACAAGACAAUAAACAAAGGAGAAGUAGCUUGACAGAGUCUAUUACAACAUCAGAAACCAACUGCAGAGAAGAAACACUUGAAUAUGUGUUUGAGUUAAUUAAAGCUAAUCAUACAGAACAAGUACAAGAAAUAUUAGAAAGAAAUCAGAGACAUUUAAAAAGCAUUCAACAGAAUGAAAAAAGCAUCCUUAAGAUAGCAUUAGAAGAAUCAUUAAACAACAAUGAUUUAGAUGAUGAGGAUAGUAAUAGUGAUACAGAAAUAUACCAAAAACUUUGUCAUCCAUUGUGCAAUUGUAAAAAAUGUUGGUUCAAAAUCUCAAAGAAUCUAUUAAAGACAUCUCCAACUAUUUCAUCGAGAGACAGUCAUGGUCUUACUCCGUUGCAUGUUGCUUGUAUCCACGGGAAAGCUGCAAUAGUAGAAAUAUUAUUAGAAAUGGGUGCCGAUGUAAAUGCCACAGAUCUUAAUGAAUGUAUUCCUUUGCAUUAUGCCGCUUCAAGAGGACAUCAAAAUGCACUUCUAUUAUUAUUACAUUCUGGAACUAAUAUUAACUAUCCAAAUGUGGAUAAAAACACACCUCUGCAUUUAGCAGUAAAUAAUGGACAUUUGAAUUGUGUUAAGGCAUUAAUUUAUUUCGCAGAGCAUGGUAGAAAGAAAAUGAGAAUAAAUUGUGUUAAUGAAGUUGGAAAUACACCUUUACAUUUAGCAUCCAAAUGGGGAUAUGAAGGGAUUGCUCGGCUGUUGAUAGAGAAUGGUGCCGAACCAACAUUACAGAACAAGAAUAACAAAAGUGCGUUUGAUUACGCUCAUAACUUAAGAAUUUUACAUGUCCUAAAAUCUUCUACACCAACAUUAUUUGAAUACAUUCACAUAACAAGUUCUGAUAUUAAGAAAUUAAAUUGUAAAUCUGACGAUUCUGAAAUCCUUAAAUUGGGAAAAUUAAGCUUUAAAAAUAGAGACAUCAGUAAUAAUGCUUCAAAAGCGGUGGAGAAUUUGAAAAGAAUUGAUAGAGUAUUACAGGCAAUUACCUAUGGUGACAUCAAACUUGCUUGUUUCUAUUUAAAUAUUGACUAUGAAUCAAAUACUGAUAACAGACUCGCUUCUAAAGGACCACUCUGCCAUCCACUAUGUGAAUGUCAAUUUUGUAAGAAACCCCAACCUCAAAUAUCAGAUUUUGAUAUAAAUUUUGCGGAUACAAAUGGUUUUACAGCAUUACACUAUACAGCACGAUUUGGUAUGGACGAAUUAUGCAAAAUAUUAUUAAAUAACAAAGCUGAUGUGAACUGUGUUAACAAGAAAGGACAAACUCCCUUGCAUCUGGCUGCUAUGUACAAUAAAACAACUGUUAUCACUCUGCUUCUCGACAAUGGAGCAAAUAUAAACUCUAUUGACGCAGCAGGAAGUACAGCUUUGCAUAAUUCUAGUGAUAUGGGCAAUAUUGGAGCGACCAAAGCACUCCUAAAUUAUAACCCAGAUCUAUCUUUACUGGAUGUUACCGAAAAAUCAGCUUUAGAUGUAGCUAAAAAGAAAGUCCAUUUAACUAUAAUAGAUUUGAUAGAAAAAUAUGCAAAUAAAUUAGAUAAAAAUAAAUAAAGCCUGCAUUAACAUUAAAGAUUAAUUAAUAAUUAACUGUUAGUUACUAAUAUUGUUAUUGAUUCUUAUUAAUUGUUAACAUUCCAUUGACAUGAUUUUGUUGCAAUAUAACUAAUUAUUAAAUACUAAUAGAAGAGUCGUCACUAAAAAGUGCCUUAGUGUAUUUAUGAGUGAAAUAUAAACAACUCCUAAGUAAAAAUGCUUAAAUGGCUUGCCUUAACUAUAUGAUAAGAUGACACUAUUCUUGAAUCUUUAAUUUUUCGAUCACGAAAUCUUGGCCAUUUUAAGUACUUAUGUUUAAGUCUAUAAUACGUAUGUAAAGUUCUUUUUUUAUUUAGUUUAUAAAAAUUGUUUUGUUUUUACAGCACAAAUGUUUUUCUGGUUUUUGUGUUUAUGUGCCAUAGACAUCAUCCAAUUAUUAAUAAGACUGAUUUUAUGUAUCACACACUAAUUAUAAUGUUUUUACAACUUAUUGUAUUUUUAUGUUUUCUUUUGUAUCCUUAUUUCAAUAUUUGUACAGUACUAUUUAAAAUAUGUGAUAUAUACCAUGACAUUGUAAGGACAUUAUAAAAAAAACUAUACUUUGUUUAUUUUAUAAUGAAAAAUGGU